AGCAAGUCCUUUGACUGUACCAAACAGAAGACAGAACCAUGGCCGUAGCAGCAACAGUUGCCAUCUCCAACUCGUUCACGCCGUCAAUUCGCCAGGCUCUUACCCCCAUUAAUCGUUUCAGUUCUCUCUCGUCAUCUUCUUCUACUUCUAUUUCUUUUCCUACACUUCAAUCCCAUUCUUUCGUUCCAAUCAUUUCUUCCAAAAACCCUAACUUUAACUUAUUGGUAUCUUCUGCUAUGAAUAUUGAAGCUACCGAUAAGGUCUCGCCUUCGUCUUUUCUUGAUCGCAGAGAAAGUGGUGUCCUCCACUUUGUCAAGUAUCAAGGCCUCGGCAAUGACUUCAUUUUGGUCGAUAAUAGGGAUUCUACUGAGCCUAGGAUUACUCCGGAGCAAGCAGUGAGGCUAUGUGAUAGGAACUUUGGAAUUGGUGCUGAUGGAGUUAUUUUCGCUAUGCCGGGGACCAAUGGCACUGAUUAUACCAUGAGGAUUUUUAACUCAGAUGGUAGUGAGCCAGAGAUGUGUGGUAAUGGGGUGCGGUGCUUUGCCAGGUUCAUUGCUGAGCUAGAAAAUUUACAAGGGAAGCAGAGUUUUACUAUACAUACUGGUGCUGGUUUAAUUGUUCCUGAAAUUCAAGAGGAUGGAAAAGUUAGGGUUGAUAUGGGUGAGCCAACACUUAAAGCAUCAGAUGUACCAACAAAAUUGCCUGCAAAUAAAGAUGAUGCCGUUGUUCAUUCAGAGCUAAAUGUGGAUGGAGUAACCUGGCAUGUGACUUGUGUUAGUAUGGGAAAUCCUCAUUGUGUAACAUUUGGGACCAAAGAAAGCAAGGAUUUGCAGGUUGAUAAAUUAAACUUGGUUGAAAUUGGCCCCAAAUUUGAGCAUCAUGAUGUGUUCCCAGCACGAACAAACACAGAAUUUGUGCAAGUUCACUCCCAUUCACACCUUAAAAUGCACGUAUGGGAGCGUGGGGCAGGGGCAACACUAGCAUGUGGAACUGGAGCCUGUGCAACAGUGGUUGCUGCUGUUCUUGAGGGUCGUGCUGGGAGGAAAUGCACAGUUGAUUUACCUGGAGGGCCUUUGGAGAUUGAGUGGAGGGAAGAUGACAACCAUGUAUAUAUGACUGGCCCAGCUGAAGUAGUGUUUUAUGGAUCCUUGUCCCUCUGAUAUGUCCUAUGAAUUAGAUUCAUUUAUCCAAACUUCACCAGAUUAUAAAACAUAAAUGGAACCCAAAAAGUUUAGGUUGUAACUUUCAUGUGCUCCUGGUUGAGUCACUGGUGUUUUGUUGUAUUUCUACUCUGCCAUAUUGAGGUUUUGGACCGAAAUCA